AAAGCACAAAGCAGUUAAUUCAACCAAAGUCAUACAGCUAGAAAGUGGCAGAGCUUGAAUUUGAACUCAAGCGGUUUGACUUCUGCAUCUCAGUUCUUAACCACCACUUGUUGUGUGCUGUUGAAUCGAUUCCAGCUCAUAGGACCCCAUGUGACAGUAGAACUGCCCCCAUUUCUAAGAAGUUUUCUAAGAAAUGCGAGAUAAAAUGAGAAAAUGGAGAGAAGAAAACUCCCGAAAUAGUGAGCAAAUUGUAGAAGUUGGAGAGGAGUUAAUUAAUGAACAUGCCUCUAAGCUUGGAGAUGAUAUUUGGAUCAUAUAUGAACAAGUGAUGAUUGCGGCCCUAGACUAUGGUCGGGAUGACUUAGCGUUGUUUUGUCUUCAGGAAUUGAGAAGACAGUUCCCUGGCAGUCACAGAGUCAAACGACUAACUGGGAUGAGAUUUGAAGCCAUGGAAAGAUACGAUGACGCUAUACAGCUAUAUGACCGAGUUUUACAAGAAGAUCCAACUAACACGGCUGCAAGAAAGCGUAAGAUUGCCAUUCGGAAAGCCCAGGGGAAAAAUGUGGAGGCCAUUCGGGAGCUGAAUGAGUAUCUGGAGCAAUUUGUUAGAGACCAAGAAGCAUGGCAUGAACUUGCAGAACUUUAUAUCAAUGAACACGACUAUGCAAAAGCAGCCUUUUGUUUAGAAGAGCUUAUGAUGACUAAUCCACAUAACCACUUAUACUGUCAGCAGUAUGCUGAAGUUAAAUAUACCCAAGGUGGACUUGAAAACCUCGAACUUUCAAGAAAGUAUUUUGCACAGUCAUUGAAACUAAACAACAGAAAUAUGAGAGCUUUGUUUGGGCUUUACAUGUCUGCAAGUCAUAUUGCUUCUAAUCCAAAAGCAAGUGCAAAAACGAAAAAGGACAACAUGAAAUACGCUAGUUGGGCAGCUAGUCAAAUAAACAGAGCUUAUCAGUUUGCAGGUCGAAGUAAAAAGGAAACCAAAUACUCUCUUAAGGCAGUCGAAGACAUGUUGGAAACAUUGCAGAUCACCCAGUCUUAAGGUUUCAAGAACUCUUUCUCAAUAGAUUUCACAGCCGCGCAAUUGAAUUUACUGGCCUGUAACUUAUUUACUAAAUGCCCAGUGCUAUUUAUAUACUAAUUUUCUGUUAAUAAGGCAGUUGUAAAGAAUGUGUUUAUAUAAACCUAAAAAUGCCUUUUACUGCUAAGCAGAAAGAUGGAGAAAAUCCGCAGAGGCGCGUUUUAAGAAGAAUCUCGUUGACUGUACGUCAGUUUCUUCAUAUCACAUACAUAUAUAAUUGCUUUUAAACCGCAGUCUGAUGUAGAAACAACCUUGUUAAAUAAACUAUGCUGAUUUAUUAAACUUA